GUGGAUAGGGCAAAACUGAUAUAGUAAACUAAUUAUAUGCCUCUUGACUUAAAUAUAUCCGAUCUGCAAGUUUUUUGUUCACUGAAUUUUCGGUGGCAUCUGUCUACCUUCAUCAGAGUGAAAAUGGAUGUGUUUACGUGCUGGAACACGUGCGCAGAGUUAAAACUGGAACAGGAGUAUAAGCGCGCGGAAAGACUUUUCUUUCAUUAAUUCACCGCGUUUGCGUCCAUCGUUGAGUGCCACGACUCUAAAAAGUGUCUCUUGGUAUAGCUUGUUAUUCCUCUUUCGAAGAUCGUGGCGUCUCUUGGGUGGAUGUCAUGAUCAGUUCUAUGCGUGUGUUGUUUUAUCGCUGAUUCUCCGUUGCACGCAGGCGCGGCCAGGAUCAUGUUCGGCUCCGCGUGAACUCCAUGAGCGCUUAAUUUACCCACGUAUGUAAACGGGCAGUCGUUACAUUUAACUUUGUAAACAAUUUUUGGUCUUUGAUGGUCCUGUGGCCUAUCUUUCGGUUUAUUAAAGAUUUGGCCGAGCGUUCGUCAUGGUCUGAACGCCGUACGAACCGAACACGAUCCUGGUCGCGACAACCACCGACCCCUUCAUGAUCUUGAAGAUUUACAAUGUAAAAAAAAAAAAAAAUGCGUUAUGAUAACUUUAGCUUAAAACACCGCAUAAAUUUAGGUUACCAUAAAUAUGAAAUAUCGUGAUUAAUGAUUAGACUGAUUUUGAUUUCUUCUUUCUUUCAGAUGCGUAAACUUUUCCUUCACGACUACGAUGCGAGCGGGAAAUUAUUUUUGGGCGGGCUGAACACUAAGACUAUUAAUGAUGCCAUUACGCUUCACCCUAUUAAAGAUCCUGCCUACAUGUAUCGUAUGCACGUGCACUUUAACAACGAACGCAUUCAAGAUCUUCAACAGCAAGGAGUAAAGCUCCAACAUGUUUUACGGAACAUGGAUCGUUUGCUACAAGCAAACAAAUUGUCCCUUCACGAGAAACGUGGCCUUCAAGAUGAAAGAGAUCUUCAUCAUCAGUUGGCUACAAAUAGCAGUGAAAAAUGGGAAAUGUUUACUUCCACAUCAUUUUACCCUGAGGUCAGCUUAAAAGCGCCAUAUACCAAGAUCCGUGGCGAACUGAAAAUUGAAGUCAACAAUAUUCUGGAGAAAGCAAAGGAAUUUGUAAAGGAAGAGUUCUGGAAGAAUCCACAUCUUGGAACGUUGAAGUACCAGCAAAUAAAUUAUGGUUAUAGGCGUUUCCACCCCUUGUAUGGCAUACAACACGUCGUACAGGUGACAGUCAGUAGUACAAAGAAACAUCGCAGCAAAACAAUUGGUCAAAUGGAAACUACUCAGCACAUUUCACUCAAGAGAAGCUUCUAUACCCAACAGCCGUUUGCAAAUUUGAGAUAUACUACUGAGCCCCUUGCAAGGAUGCCCCCUUAUGUACACUUCAUCGUCCCCUUAGAAGGGCGUCUGGAAACGUUCCGUCGUUUCAUGAAAAAUUUUGAAUUGGUCUGUCUCAAAGUACUUCAGAGAGUCAAGCUGGUAGUCGCAUAUUCUUCUUCUGUGUCUUCUCCUCAUGAACACAAAGUUAUCAUGAAGGAAUACCAAGAGAAAUAUCCCGAAGCAGAACUUAUUUGGCUUGACGUUGCGGGUACCUUUUCUCGCGGGAUAGCACUUUCUGUCGCAGCAACUAAAUUUGAUCAAACAGCCUUGUUGUUCUUGUGUGAUGUUGACUUGAUCUUUAACUUGGAAUUUAUUGAUCGCUGUCGACUGAACACAGCGCUUGGUAAGCGAGUUUACUUUCCAAUAAUGUUUUCUCAGUUUGACCCUGAACUAACAUACGGCAAGAAAACCAAGCCCGACUCGCACUUCACGAUUAAUAAAGAUGCAGGAAUUUGGAGGUCAUUCUCGUACGGACCCGCAUGCAUUUAUCAUCAAGAUAUGGAUGCUGUUGGAGGAUUUGACACAAGCAUUAAAGGCUGGGGAUUGGAAGACGCCGAUCUUUUUGAGAAGUUUGUAGCUCAUCCAGAGAUUGAGGUGUUUCGCGCAGCUGAUCCCGGUGUAAUACAUGUUUAUCAUAAAAUAAAUUGCGAUCCAAAUCUUUCCGUUAUACAAUACACUCAGUGUCAAGACAAGCCAAUGAAAACUUCGAAAUCAAGACAAUCAGUUAUAAGUGCCAUCUAUCAUCGGAAUUCGAAUUUUAUGAAGGCUUUCAAAUUUUCUCUCUCUGCUGAAAUACAUGCACGAUUGUACAACAAAUAUCGUGAUUUUGUCCUGGACAUCUAA